UCCACAAUCACACUCUCAUCACUCCCUUCUCUCCCACACCAAUGCAUCAACGUUACCACACAACACUCACAUACUAAGCGAGUGAGAGUGGCAUUCCCGUAAUAAUCUCAACGGUCCCACUCCCAAGUCAAAAACCAACAACCGAUCGACUCUCUUUCUUUUGUAAUCACUUUCGUUAUUUUUCUGUCUCACUUUUAUAUUGUAUCCGUUAAAACGCCACUCUUUUGAGUCUUUUCCAUUACCUUUUCAAUGCUUAUAACUAAUUUCCCAUAACACAAACAUUAACUCCAAAUCCAAACAAAACAACCAUGUCGGAUUCUACUACUCCUCUCAUGAGUUUGAAGGUGCUCAUUUUAGCAGGAAUUUUCCUCAUCAUCGUAAUAAUCAUCGUGCUUCUGAUAUUCCUCUGCUUUCGCGGGAACCGAAGCUGCAAGAAACGGAGGAUGUUACCGAAGCUACACAGCUCCGGCACCACUCCUCUGGUUUCGAAGGAGAUCGCGGUGGUUAGGGAGAUUGAUCUCACGCGCUCCAAUGAAAAACAGACGCGGAUUGAGAUUAUUGAAGAUGGUGAUGGUUUGAAGAAGGAAGCGGAGAUGAAGGUUGAAAUUGGAGUUGUUAGGAAAAGUGACGUGUCGUGUGGGACCUACAUGCAGGAGGAUCCAAACAUAGGGUGGGGUCGGUGGUAUAGUUUGAAGGAAGUGGAAAAUGCGACACGUGGAUUUGCGGAAGGGAAUGUGAUUGGUGAAGGAGGGUAUGGAGUUGUUUAUAGAGGUGUUUUGGAGGAUGGUUCUGUUGUUGCUGUCAAGAAUCUUCACAACAACAAGGGUGAAGCUGAGAAGGAGUUUAAAGUGGAGGUUGAAGCCAUUGGCAAAGUAAGGCAUAAGAAUUUAGUUCGUUUAGUAGGAUAUUCUGCAGAAGGUGCUAGAAGGAUGCUUGUUUAUGAAUAUGUUGAGAAUGGAAAUUUGGAGCAUUGGCUGCAUGGUAAUGUAGGACCAGUUAGUCCCUUGACAUGGGAGAUUCGAAUCAAGAUUGCAAUUGGGACUGCGAAAGGGCUAAGCUAUUUGCAUGAAGGCUUAGAACCCAAAGUUGUGCACAGAGAUAUAAAAUCCAGUAAUAUCCUCUUGGACAAAAAUUGGAAUGCGAAAGUUUCAGAUUUUGGACUUGCCAAGCUCUUAGGAUCUGAGAAAACUCAUGUAACAACGCGUGUGAUGGGGACAUUUGGAUAUGUUUCGCCUGAGUAUGCAAGCACGGGUAUGCUUAAUGAGCGUAGCGAUGUUUAUAGUUUUGGAGUUCUACUCAUGGAAAUAAUCACAGGAAGAAGCCCUAUUGAUUAUUCAAAACCCCCCGGAGAGAUGAAUUUGGUUGAUUGGUUUAAGGCAAUGGUAGCAAGUCGUCGCAGCGAUGAACUAGUUGAUCCUCUGAUUGAGAUUCCACCUUCUCCGAGAUCUCUGAAGCGAAUUUUACUGAUCUGUCUACGCUGUAUAGACUUGGAUGUCAUCAAGCGACCGAAGAUGGGUCAAAUUGUUCAUAUGCUUGAGUCAGACGAUUUCCCCUUUCGUUCUGAGCUACGUACAAUUAGGGACAAAGACUCUGUGCCUUCUCAAGCAGAUGUUUCCAUCAAAGUUCCAUAUCCUCGAAAGCAUAUAGAACCUGCGGAAAAAUCAAUGCCUAGAUGAUUGGUUUGUAAUCGAUAGUGCACUCGUGCAACUAAGCUUGUCAAAUUUAGUUGUUCUUAUGGUUUUCAUUAUGUUGUGAAAAAUGCGCGAGUCAUUGUGCAUAUCUUCUAUUCCUUUAGGUCAUUACACCUUUUGUGUUAGUAUAGUAUUGCUUUGGUAGAUAUGUUCCUCUGUAUAUCAAUUCCUUUUUGUCUGCAAACUCUGCAUGUUGACAUAUCUUUCUACACGUUCUGGUUUAGAGACUAACCUGCAAUUCCAAUUCUUUGCUGCACUAGAUAAAGAACAAACAACUUUAUUUGGAAGCCAUGUCCUAACAAAUUAGUAAGCAACCAUUUAUGGUUAGAGGUAGAUAUACUUUGCUCCAACAACUAUUUUAAGCUUGUUUGGUCUGAAAACACUUCAACUAAUUUACUUAAAAGUUAAGGUAUUGACAUUUUCUUUCUGUAAGCAUAUGGCAUGUUUCUCAUUAGACAACUCAGCACAUGAACUGGCUGUCAAAAUUUUGCGCCAUGACUCCCGGUUCUCCAAUUAAGCGGGUCUAACAUAGGACUGUGUAUUAAUUUAAUGAUAUGACUUGGUAUAUAUUAUUGAAUUUAAUUGGUAUACAUCGAUCAUGUAAAAAAAAUUUAUACCGUUAGUUAAUCGUGACGGUUAGAUUUU